AUGGCAGUUGAAGAAAAAGCAUCAGCAGUGGGCUGCUGGCCGGCCAUGGUAGCCAUGUUAAGCAUGCUACUCUUCAAUGGUAGCAUCUCUGACCGGCUCCUGCUAUCGGACAGGGAUUCAUCUUCAGGAAUGGGUGAACUGCGCCUGCGGAACGUCCUUUCGGUCAUUCUGGUCUAUUUCAGUCUGUCUUCCCUGGGAACAACAAGAGGAUUACCGACAGAGGUGGUGUCCGUGCGCGAAGUGUGUAAUACCACUCAGUGUGAAGAAAGAGCGAAAUUUCUCCAAGGUAUUCUCAAUACGAGCGCUGAUCCAUGUGACGACUUCGACCAGUACGUUUGUAGGAAAUGGCUUGACGCACAUCCUAUUCCUGCUGACCAGAGUUCCUAUGGAGUGUUUACUCAACUUAAAGCGGAUCUCGAGACAGAACUCAAAGAUGUCCUUGGAAACGCAACAUUGUCUUUCCAUCCACCGGAUAGCCCAAACAUAACGCACAAGAUACUGCGAGCGUACCAGUCGUGUAUGAAUGAGAAUACAUCGGAAGAGAACAGCACGGAGGCGCUACGAGGAAUACUGAGAGAUGUGGGUAUCGCAAAAUGGCCCGUCUCGUAUACAGAUGCCGACAUACCUGAGUGGAAUGAGACGUUCACUAAACUCGUGCUCAAACUUGGUCUAACGCCAGUAGUCACCUUGUAUGUGUUAGAGGACUUGAGAAAUGUUACCAACUAUGUGCUACAGAUGGACCAGCACAUUUUUGGAACUGUUGGCCGGAACCAGUUUCUGAACCAGUCUAACCAGCACAACAGGAAAAUAAUCGAAGCAUAUAAAGCGUACAUCGUGAAUGUCACGAAACUAAUGACAAACGGCUCCACGGGCCACAAGGAUCCUAGUGCUUUGGCAGACGAAAUAGUUGACUUCGAAGUUCAGAUUGCAAACUUUCCAUUCAUGGAGAUCGUAAAAAAUAUUUUCAACAAUAUCAGCAUAAGAGUCGACGAAAAAGAACCCGUUAUUGUGUGGGACACGGAGUACUAUAAAUCAGUAUUCGACUUCCUUGGCACUGUCAACAGACUAGUGCGAAUCCCUGUGCCAGCAACGGAGAGUCGUUGGCAGCAUGGGCGCCGUCACGAGGGCAAAAGGUUUCUGAGCCAAGACAACGUAGUUCCGGGGGCAGUUGGCGCACAUCAUUACAAGCAGAUCAUGUACCGCGAAAACGAUCCCCUGAACAUACUGUCCUGCCGCACCCCCACCCCACCCCCACCCCCACCCCUGGAAAAAAUCCUGGCGGCGCCCAUGGUUGGCAAUCAUGCAGAAUAG